UAGCCAUUCCCUGCCCCCACAACCACUCUGAGAGUUCUCUGACACAUGAAGGAUACCAGAAGAAGAAAAAAAAACCACCCCGAAAGUUAACAAACAAAAAACAAACCACCAUCCCAAAUUACAGCAACUACUUGAUCAGGGCAUUUUCACUUCCUACUCUGGGAGAGAGAAAUUCCCCAGGUCAUCUGACCUCUGUUGAAACUACACAGGAAGAGGAGCAGCAGCAGUUGACAAGUGCAGGGCGUUCUCUGGCUGUACAAAAGCCUCCCAUAUGUGAGCCAGAGCUCAGAGCAGCGCAGGGAUGUGCAGGUGUGUGUACGCAUAGCAAGGUGAGCUGCGAGUAUCCUGCCAGCCAGAUCAUCUCUUACACAACUCUCCGGACCUGUGCAGCCCAGCAGACCUUUUGCUGCUUGUUUCCAAACAUGCCUCCAGAGCAGAGCUUCUGAGGAGCUGUUUCCUUACGUGCUGUUUCCUCAAAUGCUCUGAAAGCAGCUCUCUCCAAGAAGAGGUGGCGGCUAGCAUCAUGGUGGGAAUAAUGGCAAUGAGGACGUGGAUUGAGCCAGUGGUCGCGGGUUCCCAAGUGGCCAGUGCCUUCUACGACACAGCACUGCUGCUGGUAGUGAAGAACUACUACAACCAGACCAACAGCACUGCUCCCUCGCACGUCCUGGAAGAUGCCCAGCAGAAGGCUGUAUCUAAUUUUUAUAUCAUCUACAACCUAGUUCUGGGCCUGAGCCCGCUGGUGUCAGCUUAUGGCUUGUCCAAGCUGGGGGACAGGAUACAUCGCAAGAUCCCCAUCUGCUUCCCUCUUCUUGGUUAUUUGGGCUCCAAAACUCUCCUGCUCCUCCUCAUUCUGCUGGGCUGGCCAGUGGAGGUGAUGUAUGGGGCUGCUGCCUUCAAUGGGCUGACAGGAGGCUUCACCACAUUUUGGGCAGGCAUCAUGGCUCUGGGAUCUCUGGGGUCCUCUGAAAGCAAGAGGUCUCUGCGGCUCAUCAUUAUUGAACUGGUGUAUGGUCUCGCUGGCUUUCUGGGAAGCAUGGCAUCUGGCUACCUGUUUGUUGGCUUCAGUGACCGCUAUCGAGAAGGCACUGUGCUGGUGUGCUGCAGCAUUGCUUGCUAUGCCUUUUGUCUCCUCUACAGCAUUUUUGUCCUCACAGUCCCCAAGCCAGCAGCUUCCUGCCCAGCCAAAGCCAAGAGUGCAGAGGAGGUGGGUGGUCAGCUACCAGAAGCAGUGGUAGCCAGGAGCUCCCAACCUUCAGAGAGCAGCAUCUUCACUCCAGUGUCACCCUCGAAGUUCAUCAUCAUCCUGCUGUUUGUGGCAGCAAUCCUCUAUGACCUGGCUGUGGUUGGUGCAAUGAACGUACUCCCACUGUUCUUGCUCAGGGAACCUUUAAGUUGGAAUGCUGUGGAGAUUGGCCAUGGCAAUGCUGCUGGGUAUGUGAUCUUCAUUACCAGUUUCCUAGGGGUACUUGUGUUCUCCAGAUACCUGAGGGAUAUUACCAUGAUCAUGAUCGGAGUAGCAUCAUUCAGCGCUGGCAUCCUCAUCAUGGCCUUCGUGCAGUGGACGUUCCUGUUCUACAUUGCACGGGCAGUGAUGCUCUUUGCCCUCAUCCCCUUACCAACCAUCAGGUCCAUGUUGUCCAAGCAUGUUGAAGGAUCAUCCUAUGGUAAGGUGUUUGCCCUGCUGCAGCUGUCUUUAGUCACCACAGGAGUAGUGACAUCUACAGUCUACAACAAGAUCUAUCAAAACACACUGGACUGGUACAGCGGCUUCUGCUUCAUUUUGUCUUUUCUAGUUGGCUGCCUGAGUCUCCUCCCUUUAAGCUUUGUGGCCAUCAAACAACGGUCAACCACUGGCUCCCUUGAGAUUCUGACUGAGUAGCAGAGACAUCUCCUGGUUGUUAUCAUUAGUCCCUACCAACACAACAGGAUACGUAGCAUUUUUAUUUCCACUUCACAGCAUGCCACAACCUCUCAGCCACUAAGCUCGCCCAGGAAGAGAUGUUUGCCUUGUUAUUUCUGCAGCAUGCACCCCAUCUUGCAGAGUAUGUCUAUUAGCUAUUGCACACCAGCAGUCCUCAGAGCAUUCUGCUCUUUGCUACACUGGUCAGCAAUACCAGAGAGGCACAAGGAUACAGGCUAGAAAUGAAAAUGGCAUUUCUAGACACAUUGCUCAGAGUGGAAGCAGAAAGCAGAGGAUGAGUUUUCUAUUAGUUCCUUCUUGUUUGUUCAUUCAGAAAUCUCGGGUCAGUUCUGUGACUUUGGAUGAUGAAACAGGGCUGCAAGCCACAUGCCAUGUGCACAGGUUGAUCAGCAGGACACACCGGCUCUCCACCUCCUGCAGAUGUUAUCAGCCCAGCCAAUUAAUGUUAUGUACAAGACCAUUAAAUAGAGAAAUAACACCAUAAAAAUAUGUAAGAUUAACAGAAUUUUAGUAAUCCCUACAAUAAAACACCCCUGAACAGAUGUUCAUGUCCCUGAUUUCAGGGAAAAUGGCACAUUAUCCCUGGACAGUGCUUCAACAGAGCUCAUGUGAGGACUAAGACUCAAGAGCUAAUGCUGUUUCAGCUCACACCACCACGAUGUGCUACUCUUGUCACAGGUUAAGAACAGCUAAGUGCAGCACAAAGUUGCUACAGAAUUUAUGGAGGUGUAGGGACACUUAUACCAUGUAACAGAAACCGUGUUACCUCAGUUUUUAUCUGGGUUAGAAAGGAACCCCAUAAAAUACAGCAACUAGCAUUAGAUGAUGUCUCAUAAAUCCAAACAUGAGUCAAAAGUGUGGCAUGUCUCACAAGGAUGUGUCUGCUUACAUGCUAAUUGGACUAAGAAGGAUUAAGCGGCUUCCAAGGUCCUGGACUAAGUAAAGGGUAUGAACAGUGACUCUAGUUCUGGUGAGUGGGUUUAUAGAGUGAAAGCAGAAAAGUCUCAACAAGGAACCAGCACCGUUUGGUCCCCAUCACUGACAACUUCAACACAGUGUGUGUGAAGCUCACAGCCAGCUUGUCUUCAUCUGCGUGGCACAACUCUCCAGACCUUAGGGAGGUAAAGAGGGACAGAGGCACAGAGAAGCGAGAACAAGGACGGUGCUUCUUUAUUUUUGUAUUCUGUAGACAAAAGCCCUUUGGCUCUUAUUGUAAGACUGGCCCUCAGCAACCUGUCUCCUUGUGCACUGGCCACAAUGCUGCAGCUUGAUCUGAAGGGAUGGAUACAUAUCCCAGCACCAGGGUUAAGGAAACGGUUUAGCUUCAAAGCAUAGAAUACCAAGACCUUCAAAGUAGUCUAGGACAGUGACUAGCCUUGUCUUAACAUGCCAUUUACAUAAGCGUGAUCUACUUAUACCUCUUUGGAAAGCUCAUUAUUUUCUGCAAAUUUACUGUGCUUUAGGCAUGCAACAUUAAAACUUGUCCUGUUCAUUACUAAGUACUUCUACAAGUCAGAUACUUCAGCUAAGCACAGAAAUAAGCACUGCCAUUUUUGUUUGUAAAUUGGUUCAACAGAACUGCCAAAAAGUUUUAAAUACCACAUUCAGUCUGCCAGAAGGCAAGUUUAUUCCUGUGAUUCCAUUUUACUUCACAAGAGGAAAAAAAAACCCCAACAUGUAGUAGCAACUUGCCUGUCUUUAAAAAAAGUCCUGAUUUUCCCUAUGUGUUGUUGUAGUAAAAGUUCAUAUACCCAAGGAAAGAAUGUUCUACCUUCGGAAUUUAAGAUGACAGAACAUCUAAUGAGCUAAUUUAGUCUAUACAAUUUUGUCCAGUGAUAAUCAGGACAAGGACUUUCAACAGUCUGCAACAAUAAUCAGAAUGAUGUCCAGUUAAACUGUGCAAGUUUUAACAAAAGCACGGCUCCUGUUAAAAUAAUGAACUGUCCCUCCUAUCUGGGAAAGAAUUAUUUUGCACCCUUGCAUCUGCAGGACUGACACCUGAAGAAAUGUGUCAUGAACAGGCUAUGCAGGGCCACUGCUUCAAGGCUACUGCACAGUGCCUCCACAGAACUGUCUCUGCCACUCCUGCUUUGUUUCUAUCAGUUAUUCCACUACUUUAUUUUCAGGACAAGUUUUAGUGCAGUAAAAAUCCAAGUAGAUUUCAGUGAAGAAUCAUAUUUUAUUCUUUAAUAUAACUCACACCAAAACUGCUUGUGUCUUCAGGGCUACACACCUUUUCAUUUUUCAAUGUAUACCUGAAAAAGCCAUGAUGUAUUAACAUCUAUGUUUAUUGCAAGAUUUAGAUCCUGAUAAAAAUAUACGUGGAUAUCUUAGAAUAGAAACAUAGAGCUCAGUGCCUGCUUUAUUAUGCUGGUGCUACUUAAGAGAAGAAACAAACACCACAGAAACUAUACAGAAGUAACUGGGCAGCAGUGAAUUAUGCAUCUGCUGAGAGGGCCUGGCCCAGGCUAUGGAUUAUGAGGAAAACUGGGCUGAUUUAAGGACUGCUGAAAGAACCACAUUUUGAACAGGCUCAUAAAAAGGGCACCAACUACUUUCAGUGUCAUUUUGGUGCACAUGCAGAGAGUCAUCUUCAGUGACUUAACACUCAACAAAUUACUCAAAAGAUGAAGCUCCUGCACUAUUUCUGCUUCCCUUUACCAAAAUCUUCUGUUUCUCUCAGGGGAGUGUAGACUAUCUAAAGUAAAGACUUUCAUUCUAUAAGGACUACAGGAUAACAUUUUAAGAGUUUCACUGUCAGUUCAGGACUCAACCUCCUUCUAACAGUAUUUAUGUAAUACAAGUGUCACUCUGCACAUGUUACAGGAAUUUCCUGCUACUUUUGUGCUUUUCCUGACUGGCAUGGCUGCCCCCAAUUAUCACAGUCAGGAUCCUACCCACACCUCACCCACAGCCUUUCCCUCAGUCACCUUGUGAUUUACAACAGCUCUUCAUCAGAAGAGUCCACAGUCUGCAGGAACUGAGACCUAUCUAUGCACACCCUUAUUACACCACAGCAAUUCUUGCAGAGGAUUUCUCCUUUGAAUGUCAAGUUUUACUUCCCUUGUAAGAGCUUAAGAGGUUUUGGUCCAGAUCACGUAAGAUAGCUUAAUCUUCAGCAGCUCCAGCCUCAACAGUUACAUGCUGAUUUGAACUUCACUUGGUACUCUCCACUGUCCAUUAUGCUUCUCUUGAACAGCUGUGAUGUUAAUUGGUGAACUCCCCAGAAGCAACACACACUUCAGUUUGACAUAAAGCAAAGCAGGAAGAGUCCCUUAGUGUUGUAAGGCAUCAGAUGAAACCACCUGUAGGAAAAAAAAUCACCAUUCUUUCUACUCAUCUUGUGCUGUUUGUUUUAAUAAGAUGGUGGGAAGACUGACUAAAUAUUAGUUCCAAAUAUAUUUUGCUUCAGUCCCAGUGAUGUUGUAGAGUCAACUACAAAAUUCCAUUUAUUCCACAUUCUUUUUGAACUAAUUCAAAAAGCAUGUUGAUCUUUCUUUGUGGAAAAUGGGGAAGACUGUAACCCUGAAGGACAGACUGUUGGACAGUAUGCAAGUGCUUAUUCUAGAUUGCUUCAAGAUGAUCCCCUUAAGUACUUCCCCUGAACAAGAGGAGUCUGUGAUUCUGAACCUAACAGUAACUAAAACCAAAGUUCUCAUUUACACCAAAAAGUGCAUAUUGACAAACUGAUUUUAAAACAAGAAACAUAGUUUGUUUAGUACCACAGAGUUGUCAAUGAAGGCUGAGCCAAAAAGAAAAAUUUCUUAAAAUGUCUUAUAUUUUACUUUUUCAUGCAGAGAGCACCAUCUCAUUAGCCUGACAGCUACCACAGUGCUGUAAUAACUCAUCUUGAGAGUUCCAUAAAGCCACCAGGGUGAGAAGGGUGGCUGCAUGUUCAGUUGGUGUUUAUAAAGGAAUAAAUUCCAAAUCAGACUAGUACCUGGUGGGUUGUUACAGGAGAACAGAGAAGUUGCACAAAAUCAGUCACUGCUCACAUUCUUUGCAAGAACAUUGCCAGAGAACAAGUAAUCACUCCAAUUUAUCAGUAAGCACAGAGUUAUUUAUUGCCCUAAAUCCCAGUAUUACACUCAUAUGAGUCCCAACCCCCCUUACUAGGAUGGUUAAAUCACACCAGCAUUCCUAAGGCCAUUAACACCAAGCAGGCAUUUACUUGAGGUUGGACUGCAAGAUCAAGGACAAAAAAGGGACUUGCAGAAGCAGCUGCAAUUCUAAAGGCCAACAGAAAGUACUAAGAAAAUAGAUCCGUAACAAAGGUAGUCCUAAAUGACUUGCCAUGUGGUUCAGCAGAGACAGGUAUGCACCUAACAGGGUACCCAUCUAUCCCCCACCAACCCAUUUAAGGCAAGUUUCACACACUCUGAUGCUUGGUGGAAAGAAGCAUUUAACACCUUUUGGCUUUUGGCUGCUGUAAAGAAAGCAUGGGGAAAGAAAAAGAGUUCUACUUUUACUACAGCAGGCAUCUUAGGUGACCAAGCCUCAAGUGGCUCUAGUAAAACCCAUUUAUAAAGCAUGGUGUAAGAGAUCUCCACCACGCAACUUCCAGAGCUAGCUUUGGAAAAUUAAAGACUCAUACUUCCUCCUCCAUUCCCACAACCUGUGAAAGGCGCAGUCCAACUCAUUCCUGCAGCUAGGCUGGUUUUGAUCCCCAAGUCAGUCACAAGUACACUUCAGUCAACUGACAUUACUUCAUAAUCACCAAGGUAAACAAAGAUACUCAGUAUGAACCAACAGCAUGCCACACUCACAAAAACCACAGUUCAUGCUUCCAUCACCAGCUAUCUGCAGCUGGUGUUGGUAUGGUCUGUCUAGAACCAGCCUGACUCCCAGACAGAAAAGUCUACAGAGACCACUUCAUCCAGAGGAGGGAGCACACGGGUGGUAGCAAAACAGAAAAUACCCUUUCCCAGCCUUUCCUUGUCCAGGAUAAGGAAAAAGGGAUAAGGAUUGGUUAGGGAGUACUAUAUCACAGAAAUACUUUUUUUUUUUUUUUUUUUUU